AUGGCACCCGAAACACCACGAGCAGUCUCUUCGAGACUUCUUACUAUGAAGUUUAUGCAACGGGCAGUGGCCUCAGAAAAUUCGUCCCCCGAUUCAGAAACACAUUCAUCCAAGAAAAGAAAGACUGGACACUCCCCGGCGGCGGGUCGCCUUGACCUGAACAUUGGCCAGGCUGCAAUCAAGGCUGCUCUGGAUGCACAAGAAACAAAACGACAAGAGGCCCUGGAGAAGCAUGUUGGGGCCGACACACAUUGGGUUCUUGACAACCCAUUUGCUGGGUUAAAAGCUACAAGCCAGACCAAAGCACCUCUCAAUGUCGUGUAUAAACAAGAAACCCAGAAGACGUCAGACGACGACGACGAUAGUGAAGAUGAGGACUCAGACGACGCAGAUACACCAGCGCAUGGACGAAAGCGGAAGCCAUCCAGUGAUAGCCCAAGCCGUUUACGCUCCCGUUCCCGGUCACGGCCAACUGCAGAGAGCGCCAAGGCCAAAGAAUUCCGGGAUAAGAGGAAGAAAAAGGAGGUGAAGCUAAGCAAGCCAACUUCGAUAUCCUCUGGUGGUGGUAUUUCCUCAGGGGGUGGGAGCCAGUUCUCACCUGCUGGAAAAGCCAUGACCUGCUACAGGUGCCACCAGACCGGUCACAAAGCUGUCGACUGUCCCAAGGGGGGCCAAAUGGCGCACAUGUACGAUUAG